AUGUAUGGUCUCCGAGACCGAAUUUUCAAGAAGUAUAAGGAUCUGAAUCAGAGAAUGAAUCAUCCAACACCGCAAAUUACUCCAUCAAUUUGGAGGGAGAUGGUUCAGAAAUGGACCAAUCCGAAUUGGGUGGAAAUGAGUGAUAAGAAUAAAGGGAAUCGGGAGAAGAGUGAGCUUGCAGCCACUGGCGGUUCAGCACCGUUGGCCAAGUACAGACAUGUAGAGAUAAAGAAAAUUGUAAAAGAACCCGAUCCGAUCGAGAUGUUUAGACGUUUCCAUGUGAAGAAGGACAAGAACUGGGUUUCGUCAAAAGCAAAAACCCUGCAUGAUGGAAUGAUACAAGUAGAGGCUGAAAAGGUAUCCCAAGGGGAAGAACCAAACAAAUUUGCCAUCUAUCAAGAAGCGAUCGAACCACAACUCCCAAAGCGUGUUCUAGGGAUGGGCCAUGGGGUGAGCUCGGUUGAUGUCUUCGGUCCCCCAUCGAGUCAAGGUAGUCAGGGUUGUAGCAAGCGUUGUCAGGAGGAUCGAACCAAAGAAAGGGGAAAAAAUGAUGAGAAAAUGAAGAAGUUGGAGGAUGAGAUCAUAGAUGUGAGGAAUGCAGUCCCUCACAUUGUUGAAUCUGUCUUGCAGAGACUUGGAGUGCGGCUGCCCGAGUCAUUCGACAUAGAUCUCAACAGUGAAGCAAAUGGGGAACAAGGUCGAGUUGGGGAAACUCAGGGUAACGAUGUGGCCGACGAAGAGUCCGAUGAGGAGACUGCCGAGGAGAUUGCUGCUGAUGCAUGA